CGCGCCGACUCGGUAGGUGUGAAUAGCACAUGCGCGGUGCGGUGAGGUCCGGACAAUCCCGGGGAGUUGAGUAGUGAGCACCCCGGGGAGAGGCGGGAGUCAGUAUUCGAGGCUGGUAGCAUGGAGUGAAAUGUGCCGCUGUCAGAGGCAGCUUUGUUUGUAGGGAGCGGAGGCUACCAGAUUACUGAAUGCGGCAAAGCCACCCCUGUGUCAUGGCAAACGCGGAGGUGACUGUCCCUAUGGGAGACGUUGUGGUGAUCCCUAGUGAUUGCACGGAAGGUGAAGAUCCUGAAGACACCAAGACGCAGGUUAUCCUGCAGCUGCAGCCUAUUCCCCAUGGAAUGUACGAGGAAAUGUCUGAUACCAAUGCAGCUGUUGUCUCUCUUGAGACUCAUACUCUAAAGAUGGGUGAUACCUUAGACGGUGAUACAGUGGAGCUGAGUGAUGACAUUGACAUUGCAUAUCCCAUCACAUGUGGGGACAGCAAGGCCGUUUUACUGUGGAAGAAAUUUGUGUGCCCUGGGAUCAAUGUCAAAUGUGUCAAGUUCAAUGACCAGAUGAUAAGUCCCAAACACUUUGUACAUUUGGCUGGAAAAUCAACCCUGAAAGAUUGGAAGCGAGCCAUCCGUCUGGAGGGAGUCAUGCUAAGAAAAAUGAUGGAUUCAGGGCAGAUUGACUUUUAUCAGCAUGAUAAACUUUGCACAAAUACAUGCAGAAGUACAAAGUUUGACCUUCUGAUCAGCAGUGCCCGUGCUCCUGUUCCAGGACAAACUAGUGUGGUACAGACCCCAACUACAGAAGGCAGUCUUUCUUCUGUUACCAUAUCUGAGGAGACAAUUGAGGAUGGCACUAUAGAAUGGGCUUCUGGGCUUACUGCCACAUUGCAAGUAAAUCGAGAUGACCGAAUCAAGAAAGAGGGAGAGGAGAUAUCUGAGGAGACUCUGCUAUUUUGGAAGGGAAUCUCUGAUGUGGGACUCAUGGAUGAAGUUAUCACCAAGGUCCAGAAUGAAAUUGAAGAUCUCUUGAGUGGUGUCCAGCAGCGAAUUGACCAAACAACUUUGCAGGCCUCAGAUGUCACAGUAAUCAGUAACAUUUCUCAUACGUUUGGUCUUCUGGAUACAGUAAAGAGAGUGCUGGAACAAAAAAGGAGUCAAACAGACCAGGAUGAACAGUAUCAAUAUACACUGGCAGGUGAGAGGCAUAGGUUUCAACUGCAGCAAGCAAGCUGUUGA